GAGCACCAUAACAUGGGAGACUUUACCACAGCCUGCACGGACAGGGUAUGUCCAGUGGGAGAAUGAAUUGGGCAUGCUCCUUUCUGUGCCAAGUGAUCUGGGAGAAUAUAGCUGCAUUUAGUUUCACUCAUUGCGCAUUAUAUCGGCCAAGUUAUUUAGUACUUGAUAACCUCAUCUUGGCUCAGAUUAACAGGUUUGUAGGAACUGGGGGAGUCUGAAAAAUUACGACGACUGGAAUCAACCACGCUUUUCAUUGACCUCCUCCACACCCAAGGUUAUAUAUAUUUUUUGCUAAUAGAAAUUGGCUUUUAAUCUGAUUUAGAAACACUUAGCCUCCUAGAUAGAAGAAACAGCUACCUUACCGGCGUCUGGGCCAAGGGAAGACAACAAGAAGCCGAAAACCCACAAACCUAAGUGCUAAACGCCAAGGAUCAUGGCAGAGGGAAAUAUCACAACUUUUAACCCAAUGACCGAGAAGUUUGACCUUCCAAUGGGAAAUUACAAGAAACCCAAACUCCUUUACUGCAGUAAUGGAGGCUACUUCCUGCGCAUACUCCCCGAUGGAGUGGUAGAUGGAACAAGAGACAGGGAUGACCUAAACAUUAGAUUACAACUGAGUUCAGAAACCAUAGGCGUGGUGUGUAUCAAAGACACUGGCUCUGAGAAUUAUUUGGCUAUGGACUCCACUGGCCUUUUGUAUGGAUCAAUGACGCUGAAUGAGGAAUGCCUGUUUCUGGAGACUGUAGAGGAAAAUAGCUACAAUACAUAUAAGUCACAGAAGUACGCUGAACUGAACUGGUUUGUCGGCAUUAAGAAGAAUGGCACAUGCAAGCGUGGAUCCCGGACUCAUUAUGGCCAAAAAGCUAUCCUGUUCCUUCCAUUGCCAGUGUCAACUGACUAGGGGCUUCUUGCCCUACUUGCUUUGUGUGGCAUUGCUGUAAAUAAUUAUUAUAUUUUGUUCAAAGACCAAAGUAAGAAUAUUAAAAGGAAAUGCUUACAACUCAUAUUCUUAUAAAAAUGCAAAGAUUCCAGGAGGCAGUCAUUUGCCCUAACUAUUUUUCAGGGAAGUAAUUAAUGUAUGCAAGGGGAAUGUGGGGGGCAACCAAGGAAAUGACUAAAGCAGAUACCAAUGAUAGAAAGGCCUCUGAAGUAUACUACUGAUCGUAAAAACAGACAGCGCAAACACUAAAAUAAGGGAUGUGUGUAUAUUCUGUAUUAGUGAGCUAAGUAGCCCUAUAAUUACCAUGCAUUGCUUGUUAACCUUUUUAGAGGAUUACUAACAUUCUAAGAUGUUGCAGAAUACUAGUGCAUAUCCUUGGAAAGUAGAAAUCACCUUUAGGGUGCAUUCCCACUACGAUUGGCUGCCGGAUGCAGUGGGGAAAUUUCACAACUGCCCGCUGCUGUAUCCCCACCGGAUCCAUGAGCCAAACAGAGUAAGAUAGUGUCAGUUUUAUUUUUUUUUAGUGAAAAUAACUUUAUUAGCAAUCAAACAUCAAUCACACAUACAAUAAAUAAUAUAUUCACCAUACACACAAUAUACAACACAGGUUCCCUACGCUAUACAGUACAUCGCACCACAUGCUAUACUAACACUCCUGCAUACAUCAUAAAAACGUUAUGAAAAACAACAAUGUCAAACAACAAGGCAUAGGGGACCGCGAUAGAGGAAGGGAGUUGGGAAAACAGGGGAUAGGGUGGGGAGAUCACAGGCCCAAAGUUUUAUUGCAAGAAAAAGACACACAAAGGGGAGAACAAAGAAGGAGAGGGGUUUAAUCCUCUUCUUCACUGGCAUCCGGACUGUCCAUGAUAGAAUAGUCUUUUAGCAGGCUUUGAAUCAGUCUGCAGCAGUGUCAAUUUUAUUGCCGGACUUAAAACCGCGGCAUACCCCGGUUUUCAGUACGGCAAUAAAAACAGUGAACAGUUCAAAAAUUAGCUGACUGUCACUAUCACUAUCAAGUCACUAUCUGACUCAGUUCGGCUCAUUCAAAUGAAUAGCAUGUGGCGCAGAAAAUUUUAAAAAAGGCCCGCUGCCGCAUCCCUGCCAGCAACCGUGUUGCAUAUGGGAAUGUAGCCUAAAUGGUAUCUUGAGUUUAAGAGGGUUGACUUAGAUUUUCCUAGAUGCAGAUAUGAUUCUAUCUGCAUAGUAGUUACAAGUAUUUGCAUAAUUGUAUUCAUCACCUCAGAUAUGCAGAUACAACCAUAUCUAAAUACUGUAGAACUUAUAGCACAUAGAGGGGAAUUUAUCAAGGCAAAUAAACCAGCCUUCCAGUACAAAAAAGUAGCAUUUUUUGUGCAUGCAUAUUUUUCACAAAAGUUGGAACUUUUGGUCAGCACCUCUUAACUUUUUUGGUAAUCUUGCUCGCGCAUACUUAGCAUUUUGUAGGCCAGUCCGAAUAAGUUAUCUCCAUUGUUCCUAUGCAGCUAUGGAUGUUCCUGUAUAUCUAAGGGAGAGCAGGUAGUUCAUUUUGCUAUGUUGGCAGAAAUGAUGGAAACAAAUAUUCCCUUUUAAAAUGUUUAUGCUAGUAUUAGAUGGAUACAACCAUUACACAUUUAAUUACAGCAUUACUACUGCUCUAUAGGAACAUGUCAGAGGAUGACUCUUUACAUAUUUUAGUCAGUGAAACAAUAAUGUUUAUGUAUCAAUGAUAAUUUUUCAUUAACAUAUUAUUUAUUUAUUUUAUCACUUUGCAGUUUUAUAUUAGGUGAUUGUAUUUAAAUGCGUUCUCUGACACCACCCAAUUGUGCCAUACAUGGAUAAAAAUGAAAUCAUACUCACCUACCCUGAUACUGCUGAUAGCACUAUACAUAUGUCAGGGAGGAAAGAGUAAUGGUACCUAGUGUUUGUAGUCAUGCAAUCUUCAUGACUUAGAGAAACAGCAUUUGAUGUUGCAGCUAUUGCUUCACAAUUGCCAAGAAGGCGGGUGGGCACCUAACGCAAAGAGACCACCUCCCAGGCAUUUGCUAUAGCAGUGCCACGGACGUCAAACGAAGUUGAAAGACACAUGAUAUGAAUACACUUCUCUUUCUCAUCAGUAUAGAGCUUAAGACUUCAGAUGUAUUCUGUUUUAAUAUUUUCUACAAUUUUGUGUUUUAUCUUUUAUACAGACCUUUUGGGUCUCCAUGGUAACAGACAAAUAAACUCUGUGUAGUUCAAUCCUGCAGAUACACUAUUUCCACCUGACCCUAACUUGUUGCUAUGACACAUUCAGUAGAGAAGACAGAAAGUUAGUUUUUGGAAUGGUUUGAAUAUAUAGAUUGGACAAUGAUUAGAUAGACUUUUUUUUUCCCUAAAGCCACAUUUUGAACUACUUUUACAAUCCUACAUGACAUAAAAAGGAAAGAAAUGUGAACACAUUCUUGUAUAUUCUUGGAGAAGAGUGAUUCACUUUUACUGUUCACUGCUUACUGCAUCUUGAUCAUUAUGACCUAGACUUAAACUGAUUCUAGGAUGUAAGAGGCUAACAAUCCCAAACUAUAUUUUUGUGGUCUUUAUAUAAUGGAUAUAAAAUUAGACAUUAAACUGGAAGCAUUCUGGUUUUCAGUAAAAUUCAGCCCCAGCAAGGAUAGAUUCACAUGAUUUUUUUUAUUUGUCAAUAAAAUUACAUACUUACCUGGCCACAGUUCAGCGGCACUCUCUCCAUCUUUGCUUGUGCGGUGCUGACGUUGCUGCUCAGGGACCAUGGUAACCAGCCUCAAUGACAGCAAGGCUGGUUAGCCUAUCAGGGAACUAGAUGCCAGAUCAAUCUCGUAUGUCACCGACGCUCCCACGAUUUCUGAGAAGUGGCUGAUUCAAACAGACAUCUGUGAUUGCAUCCUUGAUGUGUCACACACUUUGUAUAUCUGCUGAUUGGAUCUAUGGUGUUCUGACCUCUGGCUUGUUUCCCUGGUUUCCUGAUUCUGGUUUGGAUGUUCUCACCUGGUCCUGACUCUGGUUCUGGCUUCUGGUAUAGUUACUGACUGGCUCUGACCUCGUUUUGAACUACUGACUAUGGUUCUGGUUCUGUCACCCGGCCAUUUGUGCACUUAGUUUGGAAGGGACUGUCACCCAGUUGGGGGCUGUGGCCUUGGGAGGAUACUUAAAGGGGUUCUCCGGUGCUUACACUUCUUAUUCCCUAUCCAAAGGAUAGGGGAUAAGAUGCCUGAUCGCGGGAGUCCCCUCCCGUAGGCUUGCAUUGAGGGGCGGAGCGUGACGUAACACGGGGGCGGAGGCGUGACGUCACACGUCGCCGGCCCUGCGGUCGCCCGUAAUCAGACCCGGAGCGAACACGCUCCGGGGACUGAUUAAAAACGGGGUGCCGCGUGCAUGAUCACGGGCGUCCCCAGCUGCGGGACUCCCGCGAUCAGGCAUCUUAUCCCCUAUCCUUUGGAUAGGGGAUAAGAUGUGUAAGCACCGGAGAACCCCUUUAAAAUAGGUAGGGACUAAGGAGGGGAGAGAUUAGGUAGGGACUAGGGAUGGGAGAGAUUAGGUCCCAUUGUAAAAGGUUCAGAACAUUGGAAGAUUUAAUCCUUCUACAUAGGAUAAUGGGGGAAAUGUAUCAAAGUUUUACAGCAAACUGGUGUGAAAAGUCAAAAAUGUUUGUACAAUGCUCUAAAUUUUUGCUUAAAACACAGGAAAAGGCAGAUAAAUUCUACCCAUUGGCAUUGUUUGCUUGGAUUGCAAUUUACUGGGUUCUGGUGUGUACUUUUCUCUGCUUUCAAGAUAAACAUCUGGUAAAUCUAAACUAAAUUCACCAAAGUCUUAAGACAUGUAAAGUUAAAAAGGGUUUUUCUUAUGACAGUGAAUAUAAAAGGAGUCUAACAGCAGUUUUGAACCUUCAAGACGAAGAGACAAAACUCCGAAGAUAGUGAUGUGUUGCAUGGCCAAGUGGACCUAGGUUUAAUGUUCUGGGCACCACAAGUGCAGAUGCCUAAGUGGUGGAUCCUUCACGUUAGGUGCCCUGAGGUCUCUGCACUGAUUGUUUCCUCAUCCCUUCCUAUCAACUCUGAGGAAGGCAUCAGUAGACGGUUAGAGCCAUGACUCAGAGCCAGGGAAACAUUCCCUUAUAAUAACAAUAAGUAAUCAUCAUCAUAAUAUACAGCUCAGAAGAGGUAGUAUAGCUAGUAAAGUACAAAGCUUUUCAUCCAGACUAUAGGAGCCUUAAUCUGGUUUAUAUACAUUAGAUAAUUGUUGGUGGAUCCCAUCUGUCUUUUGCUGCAGUAAAACAAGGAUGGGGAAUGGUGACAUUUUUUACUCCCAAAUAUGGUGUCUGGCAGCCAUUUGACCUUUCUGUGUAAUGCAAAGUUCUGAUCAUCAUGUAGUAUUAAGAUAUCAGCCAGCAAGUAUAUGAACAGCUUUGGGAUAUUUAUUUGUGAAGAAAGAGAGAACAGAGAAGAAGGGACCAUAAAAAGACCUCUUACAGCUUCAUUUUACAAGACCGUAUGAUAAUGUAACAUAUACCAUGCUGUGUCUGUGGAAAUCAAAUGCCAUGUGUGCAUCAUUAUCAUAUUGAGCCAAAUACAUUAUGACUGUAAGUAACCAGUAUUAUAAUGGUAUAUACUGCAUUGAGGUGUUGUGUAUAAUGUUCUUGUCAUACAUGUGAAUAAAUCUAAUAUAAUGAAACAAUAUAAUA